AGGCGGGUCUCUCUUCGGCCUCCGCCCCUCGCCCGAGGCGGCCGCCUGCGCGUCCCUCUCGCCAGUGCGCUUCGGGCGCGCGGAGAAAGAAGGAGGCGCGAUGGUGGGGCGGCUCAGCCUGCCGGACGUCCCGGAGCUGCCGGACUCGAAGCGCCGGGCCGAGCGGGGCCUCGACAGCCCCGACUCCGGGCUGCCCCCCAGUCCCAACCCCGGCAGCUGGCUGCUCUCGGGCGGCGGCGGAUCGGAGCGGGGAGGAGUCGCCAAUGCGCUGCCGGAGACCGAGAGACCGGAGAUCAAGCCGCUUCCGAAGGAGACCUCGUCUUCUCCCAGCCCGCUGCUCCCCGGCUGCUCCUCUCGCUUAUGCCCUCUGUCCUUUGGGGAAGGAGUGGCGUUUGAUCCGUUGCCGCCCAAGGAUAUAAGGUACACCUCUUCUGUGAAAUACAACUCUGAGAAACACUUCAUCAACAAUAUUUCUAUGCCAAUGGGGCUGGGAUUGUCCUCUUGCAGCCAAACGGUCAUCUGCGUCCCUGACAACACUUGGCGCAGCUACAAAGCCGAGGUUCGCCUCGAACCGCGCCCCCGGCCCAGGAGUUUCUCGAGCACCACAAUUGUCUACCCCAAGCACACCAAGACUGUGUACACCACCACACUGGAUUACAACUGCCGAAAGUUCGUGCGGAAGUUCCUCUCCAGCGUGGAGCUGGAAUCGACUGGGAGUGAUAACAACCUUGAUGGUUGCUGACUACACUUUCUCUCUCUGUCUCUUUCCUUCCCCCUCUCUCUCUGCUGUUGCAACAUGAUGGGUUUCUGUCGCAUCAUAAGCUCUCCACUCGAUGGAAAUGGAUGAAACCCUGAUUUAGUUUUGCCUCCCGAACGAAUUUCCUCUUGUAGCUACCUCUCCUCCACGGCAUGUCUUCAGCCUUAAGGAUCCUGUGGGCCUGCACUUAAUUUAUGUCUACAGGAACGCAAAAACAAUUUUCUCCAAGGGCACUUUUUCUCCUUUCUUUUGCUGUCUUUUCCUCGUGUGGGGUGGAAACAAGCGGACCUUUCUUUUCCAAGAGGAAAGUAACAUGUUGGUGGAGAAGAGAAGGAGCUUAGGACAAAGGCCUUGAAGCGAAAACAAUUCCUGAACUGGCAAUUGGAAACCAUCCUAGUUGCUCCUGCAUCAAGUAACUUUAUAUAUAAAAAAGAACUCUUUCCCACCUAAAAACCAUAACUUAUUUUCGAUAGUCUCAUUUAUUACGUUAAUGUAUUUAAACAGUUUUUUUGCCAGGGAAGGCUGGUUGGUGGUCAAAUCACAGUUAUAGAUUGUCACUCUAUAAACCUUACAUAUUAUACUCGUUAUGUGUUAUGCCUACGUCUUUUAAGGAAGCCUAAAAAUCAGGCCAGUCGUGGUUUGGCAUAAAAACACAAUAAUUGCUAGGUUAUCGGUUUCCCAGAAAUGCAUUAUAUAGCAUGUUUUAUUUAAUUCAUUGUGGACUUGUCCAACAGUUCACUUUGGUUAAAUUUGGUUUUAGUUGCUCCUGCAGGGCUUGUAGCGAGUAUAAAGCUAAUAUUUACCUUGGGAUCAUCAUCAUUUAAUGCAUCGUUGCUUUAAAAGAUGCAACAUUUUGCAAAUGCCACAAUUCAGAACCGCCCAUGAGUGCUUUGGAAAGCUGAGGAUAAUGAUGGCAAAGCUUUAGGCGAUCUCUUUUGGAUAAUGACUUUCAGAUUUCUAUGAUGAAAGUAGUAAUUCUGUGGCCCAGCAGCAUGCUAAGCUGCUGUUAAUGGGAGAUUCAGAGCCAGUUCCUCUGUCCUGGCUGCCUAAAAUGUGUGUGUUGUGAACAGGUCAUUUGAGUAAUUCUUCACAGGUGCAAAAGGCAGAUCUGAUUUGACCCCUCUGUGUACUGGGUCAGAUACUUUGGUCCAUCUAGUUUAGAAUAAUUGACACUGACCAGCAGGAAGUCUCCAGGGUUUCAGGCGGGGGUCACCCUACCUGCAGAUGCCAGGGAUUGAACCUAGGAUCUUCUGCAUGCAGAGCAGAUAUUCUAUUACUACGCUACAAUGCUUGCCCCAAGGGUCUUAGGAAGAUUUGCAGUAGUGUGUCAAAACAGUUUUUGGACAACUAUUUCACU